GUCGUCCCUCCUAUGAGGCUGCCAUUGAUGGCUACUCCUCGAGAGAGUUAUCCACCAAAAGUGGAGGCUCAACGCAGCAGCUGCGUCCUCAGCCGAAUGCGGAGUACUCCUCCAGCGUGAAUCGUUCCAGCUACGAGACUUCCCUGCAGUACGCCAAGGAUCGUGCUGCCUAUGAGGCAAACAUUGACUACUCCAAGCAGCAGCAGCAGCAGCAACUUCCACCGCCCAUGACUGAGUAUCCCAGCAGCUUUGGCACCGCUAAAGAACGCACCCCUCAGCACUCCCUAGCCCAGCACCCACCACCACCAGCAUCCCAGCAUAAUCCCGAGUACGUGCGAAAACCACAGAAUUAUGUCUUGCCACCGCAGAUGCGUCCGCCAGUGGGGCCGCCGCAGCAGCGUCCGCCCUUUGCAGGUGCUCGGCCGAUGGUGGGCAUGGGGCCACGCCCACCCAUGCCACCGCCCAAUAUGGGGGCCAGGCAGAUGCCACCGCCGCUGAGGAACACAGAGAGCAAGAGCAAUCUGCUGAUGGGUCCGCCGCAGAUGAGGCCGGGCAUGCCGCCACAGCUGAGUAUGCAGCAGCCUCGUCCGCCCAAUGCCGGAGGACCACUCUCACCGCCCGGGCAAGGACCUCCACGGCCACCAGGCGGAUUUCCCUGGACACCAACUGGAGCGCCACCUGGCAUGCCACCGGGUGCACGUCCCCCGCAGAAUAUGCAGCGACCUCCGCCGCCAACAUUCGCUCGUCCGGCACCGGGCCAGCCGCUGCAGGCGCCGUACCGACCGACCUUCAAUCAGCAGCCAAUGCAGCAGCAACAGAUGCAGCCACAGCCACAGCAGCCACCACAGCAACAGCAGCAACAACAACAGCAGCAGCAGCAGCAACAGCCACACAUUCAGACUCAGCCACCGCCACAGCAGCUUCGCCCACCAUCAUCAAUGGGGUCACACAACGACGAUGACGAUGACGUGAUCAUGGGUCCAGCCGUGACUCCCCUCAAGACAUACAACAUGAAGGCCGAUCCGAUGGGUUCGCCCCUGCUGGAGGAGACAGAGCCACCCUUCGAGACGAGUCCACCACCAAUCGCAGAAGUGCGAAAGGGCAAGGGGCCUGCUCUGAAAGGCGACAAUGACAGCGGCGUGGAUGAGUCCACACAGGAGAAGGACCGCAACGGACCCAUUUCACCCAGUUCCCCGGUAAAGACGCCCACAUCGACCUCAUCGAAGGCUGACAAGUCGGGCAUUUCGCGUCCACCGAGUGCUACGCCCUCGAAUAAAUCCGCAUCGAAGUCGCGCAGCGCCUCGAAGAAUCGCUUGCUGCUCAAGACCCCAGAACCCGAGCCAGUUAAGAAAGUUCCAAUGAACAAGGUACAGGUUGGACAUGCGCCUUCGCCGAACCUGAAGGCGGUGCGCUCCAAAAUCGGUUCACUGGACAAUGCCACCUACAAGCCGGGCGGCGGGCACGUGAAGAUCGAGUCCAAGAAGAUCGACAUCAAGGCAGCGCCACGCAUCGAGGCCAAGAACGACAAGUACAUGCCCAAGGGCGGCGAGAAGAAGAUAGUUACAACUAAGUUGCAGUGGAAUGCCAAGUCGAAAAUUGGCUCAUUGGAGAACGCGGCCUAUAAGCCCGGCGGCGGCGAUAAGAAGAUCGAGACCCUGAAGAUGGACUUCAAGGACAAGGCCAAGCCGAAGGUCGGCUCCAAGGACAACGUGAAAUAUCAGCCAGGCGGCGGUGAUAUCAAGAUACAAACGCAAAAGGUAGAAAUUAAGGCACAAAGCAAAGUUGGCUCUUUGGAUAAUGUAAAGCACAGGCCCGGUGGCGGCGAAAAGAAGAUUUUCGAUGAUAAGGAUUAUUUGAAAAAUGUUGAGCACUCAGCUGCACUGACAACACCACCAACACAGAGUCCACUACCAUCCAUGACGGCUUCUGGCGCUGAUGAGAAUUUAAAUCAACAAAGCUAAAUGCUAAGUGCCGAACAUGCAUGUUGAGGUUGAGCUGAAUCCUUUCUUUGCAAAUAUAUCUACAUAAAGCAAAUGAAACCAAACCGAACAUUGAAUAUUGAACAAGCGCUAAUUUGAAAAAGUAAAUCUUAAGCAAAAUGCAAAA